CUCUCCAUCCCCCUCUCCUUUCUCUCAUAGCUGCGUCGGAAAAUCCCCCUUUCCUGCCGAUCUAAGAAAGAAACGAUUCUCCCUCAAGCGAUUCACCUCAAACCCUCCCCUCCCAGAUAGUCUAAAUAGAAUAGCCCUCGCGUCCACCGAAAAAUUCUCUCUGCGGGACCACCGUUUCAUCCAUGACCCCAAUCAGAUGCCCAUGCCCUCCUCUCCCGUAUUUAGCCCACCUGCUGUAAUGAAUUGCCAUUUCCAUCUUUGUGAAUGGCAGCUCCUCUCCCAUCUCUCUCCUCCAUCGCAUUCCUUCUCUCUCUUCUCCUCAUCUCGACCCUCGCUGCCUCCCAGGACGAAUUCUCGAUCAUUGAUUACGAUUUCAACAUCCACGAUUACUCCCCUCCAUCUCCCCCACCGCCUCCGCCGUCACCCCCUCGCCCGCCGGCCAUCUCCUGCGUAGACGAUCUCAAAGGCGUCGGUUCUUUGAACGAUUCUUGCGAGCUCAACACCAGCUUAGAACUCGAUUCCGAUCUCUACAUCGAGGGCGAGGGCAGCGUUGACGUCCUCCCUGGCGUCUCCGUGAACUGCACCGUGGCCGGCUGCACCCUCACCUUCAAUCUCUCCGGCGACUUCACCCUGGGCCAGAAUGCUUCGAUCAUUGCUGGCGCAGUCAGAAUCAUUGGGACGAACGUCACCUUCCACGAAGGUUCCUUGAUCAAUACGACGGCGCUUGCUGGCGAUCCUCCUCCCCAGACCAGCGGGACACCGCUCGGGAUUGAUGGUGCGGGCGGGGGCCAUGGUGGGAGGGGUGCGUACUGCUUGAAGGACAAAGGGAAGCUUCCGGAGGACUAUUGGGGCGGGGACGCAUAUUCUUGGUCCACGCUCCAGCAGCCGUGUAGUUAUGGGAGCAAGGGUGGGUCCACGAGUAGGGAGGAAGACUAUGGCGGCGGAGGGGGUGGCCGUGCUUGGGUCGAAGUGAGAAGUGAUCUUGUAGCGAAUGGGUCGAUAUACGCUGAUGGUGGGGAUGGCGGGCUCAAAGGCGGUGGAGGAUCAGGUGGCAGCAUUUUCAUCAAGGCUCCAAAAAUGAAAGGAAAUGGCAAGAUGAGUGCCUCAGGUGGUAAUGGUUUGGCUGGAGGGGGCGGUGGAAGAAUUGCUGUCGACACUUACGGCAGGCAUGAUGAUAUAGAAAUCUUGUUUCAUGGAGGUAGCAGCUUUGGUUGUCAUGAAAACUCUGGUGCUGCGGGGACCUUUUUUGAUUCUGUACCUCGAAGUCUUACUGUUAGCAAUCACAACAUGUCAACGCAGACGGACACACUUCUUUUGGAGUUUCCUAAUCAGCCACUUUGGACAAAUGUUAAUAUCAGAAAUCAUGCUAAAGUUGUAGUCCCUUUGCUCUGGAGUCGUGUACAGGUUCAAGGACAGCUUAGUCUACUAUGUGGCGGAGUAUUGAGCUUUGGCCUAACACAUUAUCCCUUUUCAGAGUUUGAGCUUAUGGCUGAGGAGCUUCUCAUGAGUGAUUCAGUAAUCAAGGUGUAUGGGGCUUUGCGUAUGUCUGUUAAAAUGCUCCUGAUGUGGAACUCCGAAAUGCUUAUAGAUGGGGGUGGAGAUGCAAUUGUUGCGACAUCCUUGCUUGAGGCUAGCAAUUUAGUUGUUCUCAGGGAAUCUUCUGUUAUACAUUCUAACUCAAAUUUGGGAGUUCAUGGACAAGGCUUGCUGAAUUUAUCUGGAUCUGGAGAUCGGAUUGAAGCACAACGUCUGAUUCUUUCACUAUUUUACAGUAUCAAUGUUGGGCCUGGAUCUGUUUUGCAGGGCCCCUUGGAAAAUGCAUCUACCGAUGAUGUGACACCAAGGCUUUACUGUGGGCUCCAGGAUUGCCCCAUGGAAUUAGUUCAUCCACCUGAAGAUUGCAAUGUGAAUUCUUCCUUGUCUUUCACUCUUCAGAUUUGUCGUGUUGAAGACAUUGAUGUUGCAGGUGACAUAAAAGGAUCUGUUGUUCAUUUCCACAGGGCAAGAACUGUAGUUGUCCAGUCUUCUGGGACAAUAAGUGCAUCUAGCUUGGGAUGCAGAGGAGGGGUGGGUAAAGGAAAGGUUCUAAGCAAUGGUUUCAGCGGUGGUGGUGGGCAUGGUGGUAAAGGUGGAGAUGGGUACUACAAUGGUAGUUUUAUUGAGGGUGGUGUUGCAUAUGGAAAUGCUGAUUUGCCUUGCGAGCUUGGUAGUGGCAGUGGGAAUGAUAGCUUAGGUGGUUCGGCUGCUGGUGGCGGGAUUGUAGUAAUGGGUUCAUUGGAGCACUCCUUGUCAAGCUUGUCUCUUUAUGGCUCACUCAGAGCUGAUGGGGAAAGUUACAGUCAAAUUGUUAGUAAGCGAGAUUAUGAGCUUCUCAAUAGUCCAAAUGGAGGCCCGGGUGGUGGAUCUGGUGGAACCAUUCUUUUGUUUCUGCGUACGUUAACACUCGGCGAUGCUUCUGUCAUCACUAGUGUUGGUGGACAUGGUAGCCACUAUGGCGGUGGUGGUGGAGGUGGUGGAAGGAUACACUUUCACUGGUCUGACAUUCCUACAGGUGAUGAAUAUCUUCCAAUAGCAAGCGUGAAAGGAAACUUAAGUAUAAGGGGAGGAAUUGGCAGAGAUCAGGCCCUCGAUGGGGAAAAUGGAACUAUUACUGGAAAAGCCUGCCCAAGAGGGCUUUAUGGAGUUUUCUGUGAGGAAUGCCCUGCUGGCACUUUCAAGAAUGUCAGCGGAUCUGAUGGAGCUCUUUGCCUACAGUGCCCACCUGACCAGCUUCCGCAUCGAGCCACAUUCAUAAAUAUCCGAGGUGGUGUUGCUGAAACUCCUUGUCCUUACAAAUGCAUUUCGGACAGAUAUCACUUGCCACGCUGCUAUACUGCUCUCGAAGAGUUGAUAUACACUUUUGGUGGGCCAUGGUUAUUUGGUCUUCUUCUCUCGGGUCUUCUUGUCCUAUUAGCUUUGGUGCUCAGUGUUGCACGCAUGAAAUUCGUUGGUACUGAUGAAUUACCAGGCCCUGCUCCCACUCAGCAUGGGUCUCAAAUUGAUCACUCCUUCCCUUUUUUAGAGUCACUGAAUGAGGUAUUGGAAACUAAUAGAGCCGAGGAGUCCCAAAGUCAUGUGCAUAGAAUGUAUUUCAUGGGUCCUAAUACUUUCAGUGAACCUUGGCACCUUCCUCACUCUCCUCCAGACCAAGUAACAGAGAUAGUAUAUGAGGAUGCAUUCAACAGAUUUGUUGAUGAGAUUAAUGCCUUGGCCACUUAUCAAUGGUGGGAGGGAUCCGUCCACAGCAUUCUUUCUGUUCUUGCAUAUCCCCUUGCUUGGUCAUGGCAGCAAUGGCGCCGGAGAAAGAAAUUACAACGGCUUCGUGAAUUUGUUCGAUCAGAAUAUGAUCAUGCAUGCUUACGUUCUUGCCGUUCACGUGCUCUAUAUGAAGGGCUUAAGGUGGCUGCCACUCCAGAUCUAAUGCUAGCCUAUAUAGAUUUUUUCCUCGGUGGAGAUGAAAAGAGACCUGAUCUUCCUCCUCGUCUUCAUCAAAGAUUUCCCAUGUGUUUAAUCUUUGGAGGCGAAGGAAGUUACACGGCUCCUUUCUCUCUUCACAGUGAUAAUGUUCUCACUAGCCUCAUGAGCCAGUCUGUUCCAUCGACCAUUUGGUACCGGCUGGUGGCUGGAUUGAAUGCAAAUCUGCGCUUGGUUCGCCGUGGACACCUGAGAAUGACAUUUCUGCCUGUCAUCAGCUGGCUUGAAACUCAUGCAAAUCCUGCUUUGAGUGCACAUGGGGUGCGGGUUGAUCUUGCCUGGUUUCAGGCUACAGGAUUUGGUUAUUGCCAGUUCGGUCUUGUUGUAUAUGCAGUUGAAGAAGAAUCUGAGACUCCAGCAGUUGAAGAUUCAGUUGGCGCAAUAAGAAUUGACCAACGAUCAAGUGCAUAUAGCAUCCAUAGAGAUAAUCCGCCAGGAAAUUUGAGGAGCCAUGAAAGUAUGAUGACACGUAAAAGGAUAUGCGGAGGUGUUUUAGAUACUUGUAGCUUGCGCAUGCUUGAGGAAAAGAAAGAUAUAUUCUACCCUUUCUCUCUAAUACUUCACAAUACUAAACCUGUUGGCCACCAGGAUCUUGUUGGUUUGGUCAUCUCAAUACUACUUUUAGCAGAUUUUAGCUUAGUGCUACUUACUUUGCUCCUGUUGUAUUCUAUUUCGUUGGUGGACUUCAUGUUAGUUUUGCUGAUCCUUCCUCUGGGCAUACUUUCUCCAUUCCCUGCCGGAAUCAACGCUCUAUUCAGCCAUGGUCCUCGGCGAUCAGCAGGUCUUGCACGUGUAUAUGCUCUGUGGAACAUUACAUCCUUGAUUAACGUGGUCGUAGCCUUCAUAUGCGGAUUCAUCCAUUACAAAACCCAAUCGAAUGGAAGACAUCAAAACUUUCAACCAUUGAGUUUUAGCAUGGAUGAGGGUGGAUGGUGGAUGUUGCCUAUGGGACUGGCGCUGUGUAAAUGUGUCCAGGCACGGCUUAUCGAUUGGCAUGUCGCUAAUCUAGAAAUCCAAGACCGCUCGUUGUACAGUAAAGACCAAAACGUGUUCUGGCAGUCAUGACAUGAUGUUGACGGGUACCAUCGAAGCUAGAUGCAUUUUUUUUUUGUUGGGUGCAGAGCUUUAGGUGAGUGAUUGCCUUGUUGCGCGUUCAUUUUGGUGAGUGAUGGGCGCCGAGUGUUUUCAUUCUGUUGCUGCUUAAAGAUGAAAAAAAAGAGAGAAUAGGCUUCUUACCAUAAUACCUCUUUUCCUGUUGAUCUGUUCCUUCUUCUUCUUGCCUUCUCCCCCUCCCCCUUUUUAUCUUUUUUUUUUUUUUUUCUUCUUCUUCUUCUUCUUCUUUUUUUUUUUGGGUGUACUGAAUGGGAUCUCAGCUGGGAGUCAUGUCCAGUCAACAGACCUUUUCAUCUUCAAUGUGUAUAUAUAUAGGCAGGGGAGGGAUUCCUCUAUUCCAUUUAUUUCCAUAGCUAAUAAUUUGCCUUUUCACUA